CAUGUAGGACUAAGGUUCAGAUAAGGGAUGGACAAUUCGUCCCCAAUUGGCAUCAGUUUUACCCCAGCCCUACAUCUAAACAACUGAUUAAAUUAACAUUCUAAACUAAAAGACCUUGAUUAUUGGAGUCAGGUCUAUUGAAGGGCAGCUGAACCAACUUCUCUGGGCCUGGUUUCCUGAUGGGUUUACGAGUGUUUAACGAUAACACGCAUUUCCCAAAAACACCAUACAGAGAACGUUUGUGAUAGUGACUGACUGGGAGCCCCCAUUGCCAAGAUGCCCAUCCCCCACUGAAGCUGGUCCUUCCAGGAGGACCCCUGCUGUCUCUGGCACCACACCCGCCCGGCCAUCUAGAGGUGUGAAGUCCGGGACAAAGAGGCGGAGGAGGGAAGGUGUGGAACCUGCUGGCAGAGAGGAGGAGGGGUGCUGGCACUCUGUGGAAGAGGGGGAUGUGGCCCCACCUCCUCCAUUGUUCAGACCUAAAAGGCCACCAGGACCUCAGCUAGACAUGACCUCCAAGUACAGCCCCAUGCAACUUUUCCAGCUUUUUUUUUUACCACCUCUGUUGUCGAUUCCCUGAUCUUUAAUACGAACAAGUAUGGUGCAAAGAAGCAGGACGGAAAGUAAGAGGCAUGGAAGCACAUUUCCAUGGCACACAUGUUCAGCUAUUUUUCCAUAGUAAUUUACAUGGGUAUUGUAAAGCUGAAGACCCUCAAAGACUACUGGAAAACUGCACCCCUUUAUAACCUGCCUUUCCCCACCACUGUCAUUUCAUGUAAAAGGUUCCUGACCAUCUCACAGGCUCUUCACAUCAGUGACCCUCAAGUUGAUGAGAAGAAGCGAGGCACAGCAGGGUUUGAUAGGCUCUGUAAGAUCAAACCUCUCUACCACAGUAUGGUUGAGGCCUGCAAGACCUAUUUCCAGCCCGCCCAGAACCUGUCCAUAGAGGAGAGGAUGGUAGCCUCAAAGGCCAGAAUUGGACUAAAACAGUACAUGCGGAACAAGCCGACCAAGUGGGGUUACAAGCUGUUUGUUUUAGCCGAUUCUGCGUGUGCAGGGGAAGAGCAGUUGUGCGACCGGUAAGGGGCUUAGCUAUGACUGUCAUGGAGUUGUUAGAUUUUCAGCUCCUGGGGAAGGGCUACAAAUUGUUUGUGGACAAUUUUUAUACAAGCCCUACCCUAUUUGCUGACCUCAGGAAGCUGGAGGUGUGGGCCUGUGGCACCAUCCGGUCCAAUCGAGUGGGAUUCCCCAAGACAAAGGUAAAUGACAUGCCUAAGCGGGCUGAUCGGGGUGCCAUGAGAUGGAUGGACACCAGAGAGGUGGUCUGUGCUCCAGUAUCCACAAGGCCUUCAGUGGUGAUCACGUCGUCCGUCGCGUGAAGGGCGCUACUGGGGCAUGGACCACCAAGAAUGUGCCCAUUCCUGCAGCAAUAAAAGACUAUAACAAGAGCAUGGGGGGUGUAGACCUAUCAGACGCACUGAUCGGCUACUACAAUGUCCUCCAUAAGACGAAGAAAUGGUAUAAGACAUUGUUCUACCAUUUCAUUGAUAUAGCUGUAGUGAACUCAUUCAUACUCCACAGGGAAAUGGCAAAGAGCUGUGGGCAGUCCCUCAUCUCACAGCUGGCUUUUAGAGAGCUGCUCAUCAGCGAGCUUGCUAGCUUCAGCAAGUCCACUGUAGCAGCUUCUGUCCCCUCUACCUCUGUACCUCCUGCUCCUGCAACUGGUGGCCUUCACAUGCUGAAGUUUAUAAUUGCAGGCAGGGAUGUGCCUCAGGGCAAGAAGGGCUCAGUAGGGAGGCUUCGUUGUGCUCUCUGCCACAAGAAGUCCCCUGUGACCUGUGUAACUUGCUCGGUGACCCUGUGUUUCACACCAGAAAGAGACUGCUAUGAGCUUUGGCAUCAGCAGCAGGGUUUUGUGUAGAGGAUUGAGGUCUGCACAACACAAGGCUGUAUACUCAAACUGUAAAUAGUUCAUGUUAUUUGUAAUGUUUCUAAAAUAAAUAGUUUUCAAUAAAAUCACAAAAAAAUGUU